AUGGCGGAGCAGGGGCGCUGCGGGGCGGCGGAGCAGCUGGAGAUGGAGACGCGGAUGCGGGACGGGCUCCGCAAACUGCUGGCCGCGAGCAGCCGCCGGGAUCAGGCCAUGCGCGCCGCCAAGGCCCUGGCCCUCUGCGACGCCCGCCUGCGGGCGCUCCGCGCGGAUCUCCGGCGGCGGACCGAGGCGGCGGCGGCGGGACGAUGUUCAGAUUUUGCAGCUGAAGAUCGUGCAGCCUGCAGAGGGAAGGUUGGCAUUUCAGAUUUACGAAUUCCAUUGAUGUGGAAAGACUCCGACCAUUUCAACAACAAAGACAGAACCGAGCGUUACUCGGUUUUUUGCUUAUUCAAAAUAGGAGCUGAGGUGUAUGAUUCAGACUUGCUUAUUGUGGAUAAGGCGGCAACGGACAUAUGUUUAGAAAAUGCAACAAUAUUCGAGGGAGCUGGGCCAGACUUCCAGCUGAAGGUGGAGGUGUACAGCUGCUGCUGUGGGGAAGGCCCCUUGACCCUCGCCAGCACCCCCAGGAAGCUGGUCAAGAAGUUGAAGACCUCCCUAGGAAAAAGCACCGGGAAGAAAUUCAGCUCUGCCUUGGAGCAGAGCAGCCUCCAGACUCUCCUGCUCACCGAAACAGCCACACCUGGCCUGGGAUACAGCUUGCUGGCUUCUGCCUCCCUGAGCCUGGAGAACGCCCAGGAAGGCUUCCACGCCCACAGCCUUUCGCUCCUGGGAAACGAGGACUCUCCUUCUUGGCUUCCGCUGUAUGGCACCAUGUGCUGCCGCCUGGUUGCUCAGCCAGACUGCAUGACCCAGGAUGCCACGGCCGGAUUUCUCAAUGAGCAGCCAUCGGGGGGUGUCCCGGGGGAGACCUGGAGGCGGCGAUACUGCGUGCUGAGAGGGGGCCGGCUCCUCUGCUUCUCUGCCCCUGAAGAAAGAGAGGCCGUCGCGGAGCCGGCCUUGUCCGUUCCCAUCAACCGGGGAACUCAAAUUCGUCCCGUGGACAAAGAGGCGGGGGGGAAGGCCAACCUUUUCUCCGUGAUCAACCCUGAGCCUGGCGAGGCCGCGGCUCGGGUGUUCCAAGCAGAGAGCCGGCAGGACCUUCGCAAGUGGAUGGAAGCCUUCCGGCAGCACUUUUUUGAUUUCAGUCAGUGGAAGCACUGCUGUGAGGAGUUCAUGAGGAUGGAGACGGGGUCCCCUCAGAAGCCACCCCUGUUCUUGGCGAAAGAAGCCACUUCGGUUUACCAAGAGCUGAGCAUUGAUUCACCGGUGAAGCCUGACCCUGUAGCUGCCACGGCUCAGGGUGGGGAGGAGAAAAGCAGGCUGGCCUCGCUCGAUGGCCCGGGUUUCUACACAAAUGCUUUUGCCCACAAAAAUUGCAUGGAUCCAGUGCCUCAGACUGCAACUGAGAGCGUUGCAAAUCCUCAGUCCUGA